AUGCAUUUGUACAAAGAUCCUAAACACCCGAUAAAUGCCUGGAACUCCGUGGAUGUCCUGGUCGAUGGAUUUCUGCAACAGGGCCACGUGCUCGACGUGGCCAAAGACGGCCUGGUCAUUGAUUUUCAUUGUGCGGGACAGCGCGCGCAGUUGGUGAAGUACGGCAGCAUCUUCCGCUUUCCCAGCAGCAGCAGCAGCGCCAAGGACUCGCUCCCGUCAACGGCGGUCGUACAAGUCCUGCUGCACCGUUCGCCCGAUGGUGCGUGGAUCUGGUAUCCGGGAACGUUGGUCGGCCUGGGAGACUACCACCAUCAGCGUUUUGUCUGUGUGCAAGUUGAAGUACCGCUCUACGGCACCAUCCUGGAGAUGGUACCUCGCGUCCAGGUUCGUCCACAUCCCGCGGACGCCGAUUGGGAGGGAGGCCGCGUAAUGGACAAGGAUUUCGUGGUCUGCUUUGAUCGACUGCCGGAAGCGCACCGCGCCGGUGGAUCGCCAAUAUUUGUGGAGAUUCUUAAGGGGGAGCUGGAGCGCGAAUUCCCCAUCGUGUGUAUCGCACUCUGUCCACGCGAGCGGAGCCUGCGCUACCUGCAGCGCCAGGACGGCUGGCCGCUGAGCUUUAGCCAGCUGAGAGAUGUUUUCACCUGGGUGCUGGUGAAGGAGAAAGCGCAAAGCGGAUCCCGGAGAGCGCGACAGCUGACCGGCAUCACCACCGAUACGCCAGGAAAGGGAGAGGGCAUGCCGCUACCGCCGGUGUUGCUGUUGGAGGUUUUCCGCUCGCUGGACUCCAUCGAACGCUUUCGUUAUCGGCGAGUGUGUCCCCUGUGGCACACUCUGCUCACUACCGACGGCUACUUCUCUGAUGUUUACGUAUACGGCAGUUCCGAGUACACCUGCUGGCCGGCAGGUUUAAUCAAAUGUCUCACGCGGUCCACCCGGGUGCUGGUCUUAGACGAGCUGAUGUUAGGCGAUGCCAUCGGCAUCUCCGGCCUCAUCCGUCACCUCCUCAACGGCAGCCGCCUGCAGGCCGUGGUGUUUUACGGCUGCGAAUUCUCCCCCGGCUUCGGCGCUCCGGUGGGUGCUGGCUCUCUGAUGGGACGCUUAACGGGUCUGGUCGUGCAGUGGUCAGUGGCCGACCGAGUGUAG